CGUUCCGGAUAAAAUCGAUAAAUCCUCUCUCAAAAGUGUUAUGGUGUGGAUACACGGGGGAGGGUACGCUAUAGGCACGGGGUCUCACAUCCACGCAGAUCUUCUGGCGGUUACCGGGGGGACAGUCGUGGUAACCAUUAACUACAGGCUGAAUAUAUUUGGUUUCCUAGCAACCAAGGGGUCUCCAGGUAACAUCGGUCUAUGGGACCAGACCUUGGCUUUGCAGUGGGUUCAGGAUAAUGUGCUAGAGUUCGGUGGUGAUGCUAAAAAGGUGACGAUUUUUGGCGAAAGCGCGGGAGGCACAAGCGUUAGUCAACUUGCAUUGUCUCCUCAUACGAAGGGCUUGUUUCAUCGUGUUAUCAGUGAAAGCGGGGUAUUGUAUUCCCCUUGGGCGUGGUCACAUCAGCAAGACGAACUGGUGGCGGCAGUCGCAAAAUACCUUCACUGUCCUCGGGACUCUCACAUGGUCGAUUGUUUUCGACAACACAGCGCUCUUACUAUAUUUGUAGCAGCAACAAACGCUAGAAAUGAAGUGGUCAAAAACAUGAUGGGCAUUCCUUUCGCCCCAGUUGUCGACGGAGAUUUCUUCCCAGAGUCACCGAUGGUCACUCUGCAACAGAAAUCUUCGGAAAGUUACCUGCGUUUUAUUAGUCUCGAUUACAUGGCGGGGACUAUGAACGCGGAAGGGGGACUUGUAAUUCUGGCCCUGACGUCACCAAAUCUUCCGUUUAACGUGUCCCUGGGAGUGCCGACGUCAUACGUGGUCAAACACGCCAUACCAGAUGAGGUGACGUAUUUUUACGACAGCAGCAACCGGGACAAAAUACAGGACGCGAUCAUCAAGGUGUACGCUGCUGACCCCAAAGUGGACAUAGUAACUCAGGGGAGAAAAUUAGUGGACAUGUACGGAGACAUGAUGUUUGUAGCGCCGACCCUGCAGCUGCUUAGGGAACACGCCAAUUCCACUGCGCCACUGCAUGGCACGACGUACCAAUUUUAUUUCACGCACGUGCCGUCGCAUCACAUGAUCCCCACGAUGCCAUGGAUAAAGGGCGCCAACCACGUGGACGAACUGCCGUAUGUGUUUGGCGCCAAAACCAUGUAUCCGUCUGGAACAAACUUGACACCGGAAGAACAGAAAUUAUCCCUUGAGAUAAUGAGAUACUGGUCAAACUUUGCGAAAACGGGCAACCCCAAUAACGGGACCGGGGUCACGUGGCCAGAGUUCCAGACGUCCAAUCAAUCCUACAUAGAGCUAGGGGACGCAGUUCAGGCCAAAGUUAAUAUUCUUCCACAAAGAAUGCGUUUGUGGUUGGAAGAAAUACCGAACUUACUCGGCUGAUUCAUUCCCGUUGUAUCUUCAUCUUGUAUGUAAUUACACCCAUGUAUAAGAAUAGUAUGAACAUGAAUAUCUGAACAAAUAUGCAUUAUAUCUGAACUAUCUACAACUAUAGAAAACAGGCAACUCUCUUCAAUACCAUCCUACAUGCACGUCUUCAUGGGACACGUUACUCAAGACGACUGUUUUUGCAGGUGCCCGAUAACGUAAAGGGAAGGCACCUUUGCUCAAGAAGGCAGACUAUCUACUCGGACUCUUCCUACAAAACAUACAAAAGUAUUUUUAGAUAAUCUGACAUAAAAUAAGUGAACAAUGUGAAUGAGCUAUAUGAUAUAUUUCGAUUUUACUUUUCAAAUAACGCAUUCAAUUUUUAUUUCUAUUCAGAUUUACAAGAGUUGUGCUUCAUCACGUAUAAUUGUUUUUAAAAGAGCCAAUAUGAUCUCGUGAAACCAUGUAUCUUGUGCCAAUAUAGGCCUACCAUGCUGGAACACGAUUCAUAUUACCAGUGCGUGCUGGUCUUCAGCCAUCGUUACUACUAGUAGGGCUAGUAUCCUUGUAGCCCCUCCCUCCUCGUAUAACGUAAUUACAUUUUUUAUAUGCGAUUCGCCAAGCCAGAUUUUAAGACGCGAACAAUUAAGUCUGGCAUAUUGUGUUUGUGUAUAUAAAUAAAACGCGCAUCAUGAGAAGUUGAA